AUGGGUUUUCGAAGUAAGACUAACACGUCCUGCGUUUGGCGUCCGACGCUCGCUUGCGGUGGAGGAGCUCUGGGAUGUGGAAUCGAAGGCCGGGUCCAAGUCGGAAAGGCAGUACGUUCUAAGGAGGACGCAGCCGUCUUCUGGACCGAACUGAAGAAGAGCCAGGACUUCAGAGGAAAUCUGGAAUCGUCCGGAACGCCCUGCUAUGGCGCAGAUGAUGGGUUGUUUGGUCCAAACGGAAAACGAUUCCGCUGCAUCCUCAUGUUCGAGCUU